CUUAUUUGUGUCACUCUUUUCGCAGUUCACUCUGCUGGAUGCUUUUAUUAUCUUAUUGCUGCUCGUUAUCCUAACCCUGAAAAGACGUGGAUUGGAGCAUCUUUGGGGGACAAUUUUCUUCAACAGAGUGUAUGGAUCCUAUAUGUGACUUCAAUGUACUGGUCUAUUACUACUUUAACAACUGUUGGUUAUGGUGAUCUCCAUCCUGUGAAUACAAGGGAGAUGAUCUUUGACAUCUUCUAUAUGCUCUUUAACCUUGGAUUGACAGCAUAUUUGAUUGGAAAUAUGACCAAUUUGGUUGUUCAUGGGACCAGUCGAACUAGAAGAUUUCGAGAUGCCAUACAAGCAGCUUCGAGUUUUGCUCAGAGGAACCAACUGCCUCUGCGCCUGCAAGAUCAGAUGCUUGCACAUCUAUGUUUGAAGUUCAGGACUGAUUCAGAAGGACUUCAGCAGCAAGAAACUCUUGAUUCCCUUCCAAAAGCAAUUCGUUCUAGCAUUUCACAUUAUCUCUUUUACUCACUCCUGGACAGGGUGUACUUAUUUCGUGGGGUUUCCAAUGACUUACUUUUCCAACUGGUUUCGGAGAUGAAAGCUGAGUAUUUUCCCCCCAAAGAAGAUGUCAUUUUGCAGAAUGAAGCACCAACAGACUUCUAUAUACUUGUUACUGGCGCCGUGGAUCUUCUUGUUUACAGAAGCGGAGGUGAACAGGUUGUUGGGCAAGCAAAAAGUGGUGAGCUUUGUGGUGAGAUUGGGGUGCUUUGUUAUAGGCCACAGCUUUUUACUGUGCGCACCAAAAGAUUGAGCCAGCUACUAAGACUGAACCGUACUACAUUCUUGAACAUUGUUCAGGCCAAUGUUGGAGAUGGGACCAUAAUCAUGAAUAAUCUCCUUCAGCAUUUGAAAGAACAAAAGGACCCACUUAUGGAGGGAGUUUUGCAUGAGACAGAGAACAUGCUAGCUCGCGGUAGAAUGGACCUACCUCUCAGUCUAUGUUUCGCUGCACUUAGGGGUGACGAUUCCUUGUUACAUCAGUUGUUAAAAAGGGGAUUGGAUCCAAAUGAAUCAGACAACAAUGGGAGGUCGGCUCUGCAUAUAGCUGCAUCAAAGGGAAGCGAAAACUGUGUGCUUCUUUUGCUGGAUUAUGGGGCAGAUCCUAACUGUAAAGACUCAGAUGGGAAUGUCCCAGUGUGGGAGGCAAUGCUGGGUGGUCAUGAAGCUGUAGCCAAACUGCUGAUAGAAAAUGGCGCAAGCAUAAAUUUUGGAGAUGUAGGUCAUUUUGCAUGCACAGCUGCCGAGCAAAAUAGCUUGAACUUGCUCAAGGAAAUUGUUCGGUAUGGCGGGGAUGUCACAUCCCCUCGGAAGAGCGGAACCACAGCCCUCCAUGUUGCAGUUUGUGAAGACAACACUGAAAUAGUAAGGUUUCUCUUAGAACAAGGUGCUGAUAUUGACAAACCAGAUAUCCACGGUUGGACUCCCCGGGAUCUAGCCGAUCAACAAGGACACGAAGAAAUAAAAUUCAUUUUCCAAACGUGUAAAGAACCUAAAGCUCAGCCUGUUGUUACAAUUCCUGAAAACAACGAGCCUGGAAUUCGAUAUCUUGGGAGGUUUACAAGUGAGCCGACUAUCCGACCCGUGUCUCGGGAUGGUUCAUUCUCAGCUACAGACGGUUCAUGGAGCCAAAGCCGUCCGAGACGCAGAACUAAUAAUUAUCACAACUCACUCUUUGGGAUGAUGUCUGCUGCUCACAAGGGGGAGAAGGAAUCACCAUUCCCAGUUGGUCACAUUAUAGCUGCUGACAAUUAUGGAGCUAAUCCUCCAAGAGUGAUAAUUAGUUGCCCAGAAAAAGUAGAAAUUAAAGGGAAGCUUGUUUUACUGCCCAAGAGCUUGCGGGAGUUGGCAGAGAUUGGUGCUAAGAAAUUUGGUUUGACAAAUGCCAAAGUUCUUAGCAAAGAAAGAGCUGAAAUUGAUGAUAUUGAGGUCAUAAGAGAUGGUGAUCAUAUUUUAAUUGCAAGUGAUCAAACAAAAGAGACUUAACUGCCAUAACUCCCUGCCUGCAGCCACUUGAUCAAACAUGAGACUAACCGCCAAGACUCCUUGAGACAACAGUUCGGGUUAUUAUUUUAACCUGUCGCAUUGAACAUUCGCCUUAUCUAUUUUUUGUUUUGUGGACAGGUGAUGUGAUGAGGCCCUGUUUGGAAUACCAAAAAUAAGAGAGAAGAAAAGUUGUAAAGUAAAAUAUUUAUUCUUUUUUUUUUU